UUGACGAGCAGGUUGAGUGUAUGACCAUGAAGGACCAGACACUGAGCUCUUCACUACAGUUCAUGCAGCAGGAGCAGGACAAAGUGAUACAGGAGAAUAAGGACUUGCGAGCCCAGGCAGAGGUACUUACUGAUGCUCGUGACAAGGUGAUGCAGAAGCUGAAACUGAUGAAAAAACAACAGGAGACAAUGGGGAAUGAGAGUCAGGGCCAGGUACAGCAGCUGACCGACCAGGUGUCACAGUUACAGGCUCAGUUCUCACAGGCUAACGAGGAUCUACAGGCGAAAAAUAAAACAGUGGGUAACCUGGAAGAAGAAAUUGCUUCACUAAAAAUUAUGCUGGAAAAAGACCAAUCUACAAUGAAAGAAUUAGGGGAGAAAUUGAAUACAAGCAAUGAAGAAAAACAGCACUUAGAGACGACCAACUCCAAUCUGUCCACGAUGCUAGAGGAGGCUAAGUCAGCCAAGGAACAAAUCGCUAAUUCCUUCCAGGAGGAAAUCGAUGUGCUGACACAGCGACUUGAGCAAGACAAAGAAAAACGUCAGGAAAACAAGGAGUCAAAUGAUCAGACAGCUGUAUCUCUUCAGAAGGAGGUCGACGAGCUGACACAAAGGCUGAAGCAGGAGACAGAAAAUCAUAGAAAAGAUGUGGAAGAUUUGACCACAUCACAAAAGAAAUUCCAGGAGGAUUUUGCUAGUACAAGUGAAAUGAUGCAGGACUUGAUCGCAGGAAAGGAAAAGAUGGUUGAGCAGAAAAAAGAAUUGCAAGAUGAAAACCAAAGGUUAAGGAGUACGAUAGAGGAAAGAGAAAAAAUGGCAGAAAUCAGUGCUGACGUAACUGACAAGAUGAAUGUUUUGGAGACACAGAUGGCUGAGGCUGUGAGAGGACGAACAUUGGCAGAGGAAAAGUGUGAAGAACAAGCGAAGAGGAUCCAAGAGGUCGAGUGCACAUGUGACAGUCUCAGGGCAGAUCUUCAGGUCCUAGCCAAAGAAGUAGAGGACAAACAGACCACUAUCAAAAAGCACCAACAAGAAGUCAAGAAUCGGAAGAAAGAGCUAACAACAAUGGAACAGAAAGUUAAAGAGCUACACAGCGCUAAUGAAUCUCUUAAGUCUGCCAAAAAAGAGCAGGCAACCAAGGGAGGUAAGAAGGGUAACCCAAGUGACCAGAAGUUCAAGGCUGUGCUACAUCAGAAGGAGGAAUUGGUGUCAGAGAUAAAAUGUGUAAGCGAGGAACGCGACAGUCUGAAUGUGCGGGUGCGUGACCUGACGGAGGAGCAGGAAAUGUUGAUGGCGGACAUGCAGAAGAAGGAAGAACAGAUGCUGGAGUGGGAACACAUGAUGGAUAUGUUACAACAGGAGAAGGAACGCAUGCUGCACGAACUUGACAUCACCGAGGAACGUGAUCAGAAACUUGUCGCCGAGUUAGACACAAUCAGAUGUACAAUGUCGGAGAUACUGGCGAUCAAAACGGAUCCAGCAGAUGAUGUUUUUGAUGAGGACGAUGACGAUUCUGUGUUGUUGGCCAUGGAUAAAAUCAAAGGACUUGUCACCCAGGUUGUUAAUAAAAUGACAGACCUGAAAUCUGAGUUAGAUAAGGCGUUCAGCAGUAAUGGUGAUAACUCUGUCCAACUUCAGUCGAUUAAACAUGAGCUGGAGAAGGCCAAACAGGAGAAAGAGUCCAUCGAAUGCGAGAAAGAAUCGCUGGCAGUCAUCGUCCAGCUGGCAAAGGAAAAGGAACAGGACUUGUCUUCAGAAAACACGCAUUUGAAGGAAGUGAGUGAGAGUGGGGACACUGAGAUUAGAGAAUUAAGAGAAAUGUGUUUAAGUCUCAAGCAACAGCUAGAUGAGGGAGAGGAGCAGAAAAGUAAAAUGACCAGCCAGGUGAAGGAGAUGGAGGACAAGGUGCGGGAGAGACAAGCUUAUACGGAGGAACUGGAGGAUAAAAUCAUGGAUAUGUCUAACGCCCUGUCUGGGUCAAAGCAGAAACAUGAACAAUUCAUAUCCAAGAUGGAGACAGAUGGAGCAUCAACGACAGACACACUACAACAAGAAAUAAAGGACCUUCAACAAAAUAUCCAGACUCUGGAGGGGGACCUAGUGACGACAAAGUCCAGUCACAAGUUGGCUGUCACAGAGGUCCAAGAAUUGACAAAACAGGCGGAGGACAAAGCAGUGGAGUUAACACAGAUGUCAGACAGACUCAACAGUGUCGAACUAGAACUUAAAAAUCUUAAUGACGAAAAACAAAAACUAAUUGAUGAACACAAGGAAUUGAUAGUGGAAAAAGAAACUGUUUUAACAGGACUUAAAGAAACGUGUGGACAUCUUGAAAUUGAAUGUCAAAGUGCGAAAGAAGAAAAAGAAAAAUUUGUUGCUGAGAAUCAAACAUUGCAGGAAGAGGUUUCAGCUUACAAGGCCAAGUGUUCAAGUCUCGAGGAGAACGUCGCCCAUUUACAGAUGUCGUCACAAACAAAUGCAGAGAGUUUGUCCUCCCAUACAACAGUACUCCAGGACCAGAUCAUUAAUCUCCAGGUAGAAAAAGACCAGUAUUCAGCUACCUUACAGGAGAGGGAAAGUCAGUUAGAGCAAAUUCAGACUUCACUGGACGAAAAAAUGAAAGAAAUUGACCUUUUAGGGAAGGAAUCUCAAAGUAAAACAGAGGAGUACCAAGAUUUGCUGAUGGAAUUAGAUAAAGUGAAAGAUGCUCUUGAGACCAGACAACAAGAAACCUCUGAUUUAAAGUCACAGAUAGCAGUAGCUGCAGCUCAGCAGAGUGAAUUGUUGGCUCAGCAUGAACAAGAUAUCAGGGCUUUACAAGGGGAAAAUGACUCGACGAAGGAAGAGGUUAACAAACUGCAGGAGGAGAACAGAUCAAUGUUAGACAGGAAUAACUUGUUACAGGAUGAAACACAACGGGACAUUGAAAAUAAACAAUCCGAAGUUAAAGACUUGAUGGAACGUGUUUCUGUGCUAACAGAGGAACUUGGUGAAACAAAUGUGCACAAGGAAAGUCUAGUCAGAGAUUUCAAGGAAAAAUGUGAUCAAGAAACUCAUCUCAGAGCAGAGGUAGAGAAACUUGGAAACAGUUUGCAGACUCUUGAAGGUGAAAAAGACACUGUUACUAAGAAUUUGGAAUCUGCCAAAGCAGAGGUUGAGGAAUUGAAAGGUGAAAACAACACUGUUACUAAGAAUUUGGAAUCUGUCAAAGCAGAGGUUGAGGAAUUGAAAGGGGAAAAAGACACUGUUACUAAGAAUUUGGAAUCUGUCAAAGCAGAGGUUGAGGAAUUGAAAGGUGAAAAAGAAACCCUACACAUUGAGUUUGAAUCGGUGAAAGGCAAAUUGUCCGCUCUUGAGGACGGAGCAUCAGGGUCAGAAAAACAGCUAGCGGAUAUAAGUGGUCAAUUAGAGAAACUUAAAGCAGAGAAAGAGGUAGCUAAUGCUAAAACAGCCUCGCUGCAAGAUUCACAUGACAGCCUCUCUGAAAAGUUGUCCAGUUCAGAAACUGAAGUUAAUAAACUAAAGCAGGACAAGCAAGAUUUGAAUGAGACAAUAAAAGAGUAUGAAAUCAAAGUCAAUAAUUUACAACAACUAGAAAGUGAAAUGGAACAUUUAAAUAAGCGGUGUGUUGAAUAUGAAAGAGUUCUUGGUGAGAGGAAUGAAGAGAGAAAGACACUAGAACUCACUCUGGCAGAAACGAGUACACAAUUGGCGACGUAUGUGGCCGACUGUGAGCAACUUAAAACCACACAAGUAGAAUUAGUAGAGAGCAGUGACAAAGUAAAAGCAGAGAAGGUAGGAUUAGUGGAGAGUAUGGAGAAACUGAAAGUGGAACAGGUGGAGCUGGUAUCACAAGUACAAAGAUUUACUCACCUGGAGGAGGACAGCAAACAAAAAUCUAACGACUCAAGUGCGGAGGUGGAGAAGCUUAGGAAGAACCUCAAAGAGAAGGAUGUUAUCUGUGGCAAGCUCAAGGCGAUGGCGGUCAAGUGUAAGCAGGAGCUCGCCGAGAUCAAUAAAAAGUUUGCUGAUAUCUCUGAAGAGCUGAAGGAAGUGAAACAGUCCAGAUCUGACCUUGGGCAGAAGUUAGAGGUCAUGGAACAGUCAAACAAAUCCAACUCCAUAGUAACAGAGAGUUACCAGACACUGCAGCAAGAACACAAGAAGUUGGCCCAGGAACUGGAGGCUCACAAGAAAACAGCCGACCAGUAUAAACUGGACCUUGAGCGUACUGUCCAGGACUCAUCCCAGGUCAAACAAAAACUGGCCAACACUAAGGAGGAAAAGGACAGAAUCAAUAGUGAUAAAGAGAAGCUGGCCACACAGAUCAAGGGAUUAGAGACUGCGGUGGGGGAACUGAAAUCCAAACUGACAGCUUCCGAACAGGAGACAGAGGCAAACAGAAUUCAACGGGAUGAAAUCUCCAAGGAAAAAUCGCAGUUACAAACCAGAUUGACUGACCAGGAGGAACGAUCAAAGACGGACCUGGAGAAACAGAAAGCCAUCAUUACUGGGCUCCAAGGUCAGAUACAGACCAUUCAGAAUCACCUAGAGCAGGCGAAACAGGAAGCCCAACAGAGCAACAUGAUGGAUCUGGAGAUAGCAGACUACGAACGGACAGUCCAGGCCCUGAACAUGCAGGUCACAGAGAAAGACGUGGCUGUCGGAGAGCUGAAGCUUGAAAUAGAAAGAAAGGAGGAAAGGGUCAAAUCUCUACAAGAACAGAUAGAGGCUGUUGAUGAACAAAGAAACCAGUCUGAAGAGAGGGGCAACAAGUUUAAACAAAUGCUGGUCAAAACCAAGAAAGAGCUUGCAGAUGCCAAGAAAUGGGAAACAGAACAGCGUACAUCAGAUGCUCACUUACGAGGCCAGAUUGAAGGUCUGAACCAACAGCUGGAGGAAAAUAAGAUGCAAACGAGUGAGGUGGCUGGAGACAACCAGAAGUUGAAGGAGAAACUGAGGUCAUUGUCAGACUCUAACCAGCGGACUAUCAGGUCGCUGGAAAGCCAGGUUCAGUCCCUACAGGAUGACCUAGAGGUGGUGAGGAGUGAACAGGGGGCAAUACAGGCAGAGUACGAAAGUUAUAAGGUGCGGGUACAUAGUGUGUUGAAACAACAGAAGAAGCCGUCACAGGAACCACUGAGUGAACAGGAAAAGUUAGAAAAGGAGAGACUAGAAAAGGCAGUGGAACAACUGAAGGGUAAAUUGGAGGAAACAAGUGCGGCCCUGAGCAGUACCAGACAGGAAGUGUCAGUAUUACAGGAAGAACACGAUCGUCUAUUACAGCGACACAACAAGGUGCUACUAGACACACAAGACAAAGAGGAUCACUACAGAAAAAGAAUGGAGGAGGCCAAUAAGGAAAAGGUGUUAUACAACAAAGAACUACAGGACACAGUUCAACAAUUAGCUGGUCAGAACGAGUCUCUGACCAACUCUUUGAAGGAUCAGAUAAAAUGUCUUCACGAAGACCAUCGUCGGGCCCUAGACUUGCUACAAAGACAGCUAGACUCGGUAGAAAAUGACAACUUUCGACUGCAGAGGGAACUGCAGCAUCAAGUCCAGCAUACUUCAAAGAUUCUCUCCGAACGGAAAAGUCCCGAGACAUUCCAAACUGUCCCAACCACAGAGUUCAUUACAGAUAUGAGACACGAAGAGCGACAGGAAGGGGAGGGGUCAGAAAUUGUGGAUCCUGAACCAUGUCCAAAGGGAAGUAAUAAGACAACCCUAGCUCCCAUGCCACUAGACAAGUUAUUGGUAGCUGGCCCAGAGGACACAGCCUCAAAGCUCAGUCCACAUGUAGAUGAGGCAAUACUCGAGGAGAAAAUUCUGACGGCUAACAAGAGACUAGAACAUUCAACAGAGCUUCUGAGUGAAUCUGAAGCAGCGGUGAUGAGACUGACAGAACAGGCCAAGAUCCUGAAGGAGGAGAUACGGAGGCUGGAGAGGAACCAAGAGAGGGAGAAAGAGGCAGCCAAUAUGGAAUACCUUAAAAACAUACUUCUUAAGUUCCUGAGCCUGAAGGUUGGCGAUGACAGACAGAAGCUGAUCCCGGUGUUGUGUACUAUGUUGAAACUGAGCCCGGAGGAGAAGUCUCUACUGGAUGCCGUAGCUCAGGGUGAAGAUCAAGGUCAACAAGCUCAGGCAGCAGGCUGGGGUGCAUAUCUCCAUCGAUGGUCGGGGCUGGCUGGCUAGUGACCAUCUAAUGUUGCACUGGACCACCACACAGAAACGGAGGAUCUUUCUCUCCUUUAUAAGGCUAGCACUUUAAAAGCUUCUGAUUUUUAAAUCAGCAUUAAUAUAGAUCUGAAUAUUCUCAAACACCCACAGUUUGGAUUUAUAUCUUCGUCAAAUAGUGCUGCUAGAACUAUGCUUGCAUUUAUGUGAUUUAUGUAAAGGGCUUGACCAUAGAACUACUGAUCAGUUUGAACACUGAUCUAGGUCCUACCUGUAUCAAAGUGAACCCUUGCUACAGAGCUGCCAAGCGGAAAUGUAAUGACCUUACAUGUGUAUCAGUUGGCGGUAACUACAGGUAGCUCCAGUGUUUGCAGACAGCAGUACCCAAAACAUCAAGGCUUCAAUUUUACUUUUCAAAUGAGAGCUUUUUUGUUGUUCUCAACAUUUCUGGUUUUGGAAUAUGUAUAAUUACAAUUAUUUCAAUCUUAGGAAUUAGUUUCCACUGUUGUAGGAGAUGCCACUUUUAACAGCAUGGAAAUAUUAUCUCUUUCUUUGGUUAAAGUUGUGUUUUUCCAUGUUGAAUAACGGAAAACCAAAUUUAUCGACACUUGCUUAGGCAAAACUGUUUGAAAAGAUUGUAAAACAUGGAUUUUCGGAGAUAACUGAAAGAUAUAUAAAUAUAUAUGUUUUCUGACAAGUGAUCUGGUUGGGGUACUCCAAUGAUACUGCCAUACUUACAGUCAUGAAUUAAUAACAUUUGGACCAACAAGUGGUCAAAGUUCAUACUAUAAUUCUUGUAAAGUGUGGGGCUAUAGUAAAGGCUAGCUCUAGUGUAAACUGUUAUAGAUCUUUGUAACACCAGUCACAGUAAGCACCAUUGCACCAUUGAGCCUAUUCCUAUUCCGUCACAAGGUAGACAAAGGUUGAAUCUUAAUACCUGUGUAGUUUGAUGGUUGUGACUUUGACCUUGGACAAUGGUCAAAGACAUCAACUUUACUUUAUAACAUUCCACUGUUGUCUUGUCAGAAUUUCUGACAUACCGGUCAUAAAAAGGUACAUGCAAUAAAUAUGUGCUUACAUGACAGCUUGUAUAUUAAUAUAGGAAUCAAAUACAAACACCAUUGUGUUUAAUGUGAUUGAUUGUCUCUGACAAUUGCCACUGAAGUUUUUACUGAUACGGUUACAAUUUAGUAUGAAAUUAGUACAAUUUAAACAGAAUAUCAACACAUUUACUUAUUUGUUUUGCAUUAUCAGACAGAUGCAGAAGAUUUUUCCAGCAUCCUUUUCAUUCAACUCUAUCACAAUCCACAGGUUGCUUUUGAACAUAACAUUUCCGGGAGUAAAAUCUGACACACCUGUAAAGAUUAAUACUAGUCUUGUACAGCAUCAGACUAGUUGCUCCGCCAUUAUAAAACUAAUAACUCUGAUCCACCUGGAAACUUUUUUUGAAAGUUGUUUUCCCCAUCAGUGAUUUAGAAAUACAAUGGAUUUUUAAAGCAUGACUAACUUUAUGAGUUGUUAAACUUAAGUUAAGACCUAUUCUCAAAAUGCACUUUUGAAAAAUGUCUGAAAAUUUACAUACCGGGUACAAGGUAUAUUUUUGUAUUUUGUCUAUGCAGAUGACAAUUCUAGAUCCCUAAAGAUAUAGUUUUAUUUUUGAAUUUUAAUGUAUUUCAAAAGAAAAUGGACACACUUUUGUGUUCAACUGUUGCUAAGUUGAUCAGAUUUGAUAGGACUGGUCCCAUUAGGUGUCCAGGCUAACAAGGUCCCACAGUAACUUGCUGUUACAGUAAGACUCUUCUUACAUACAAAACAUCAGACAAGGUUUUGUAUAUUCAGGGAAAAUCCUGCAAUUUGAGAGCAAUGGGCCAUUUCAGCAAUUUCUAGUCAAUAUCAAAAUUAAGAGGGACCAUUCUAUGUAAACUUGAAAGAAAUUUGGAUCAUAGAGGGGUCAAUUUAAGUUUUGAUGGGUCAAUGGCCAGGAUUAUCCCUGAUAUUGCUUGGGAAAUUAUAUUACAUGCAUUUACCUGAUAUUGUUAAAUAGAACAAGAUUUAAAUCAAAAUCAUGUUGUUAUUUAUCAAAUUGAAUGAAUAUUUUGAUCACAUAAAUCUGUGACUAAAAUUAUACAUUUUCAUAUUAGAUAGAGAUCUUUAUCUAAUACUAUUCAGCAUUUGUUUUCAUGUACGGUAGAAACAAUUUUACUACUCUUCUAGUAGAAGUAACUAUUUUUUAUACUUUGUAAUUUCAUAGUUUAGGUUAAUUAUAUCUUCUUGUUCAAUGUGUUACAAGGUACCAGGUGUCACAAGUCUUAUUCUGCGUUCCUUUUUGUAAAUAUCCUGUAUGAAUGUAAAAAUUGAAUACCGGUAUAUGGAUCCAAUAGGAUCUAUCCAGACGGAUAAGUCCUGUCAGAUAUGUCCAGCAGAUCAAUCCAUUCUUUGUUUCGGGAAUGACAUGGAGAAUUUAUUUUCAAGAUAUGACAAGAAACAUGAUUAUUUUUGUGUAAAUUAGGGGAGGGUGAUCAGAAAUAUUUGAAUAGAUGUACCAGUGUUGUUUUUUGUUCAUACUACACUACAUGUGAUAAUUGAUUUGAGGUUUUCUGUUUUUAAAUAUGCGGAUGAUCAUUUGGUUAUAUUACAUGAGGAAGUCAGAAAUAUGAGUACGUUGUGUAUCAGAGGGCGAUUUCUGCUUCAGUAAUAGUUAUGAAAAUAUCAAUGAUUUAAAUUUGAUAUGUCCUGACUCCUUAAGCUGAGGAAGCAUGUUAUCUUUUACAAUAAUAGUUAUUGAUUAGUAGAGUGUAGCCGUCAUAUGUGUUGACUUAAGUUUUUUGUUACCUGUACACAUGAGCAUGUUGACAAGGUUUGAUUAUCUGUACCAAUGUGUUGACAUGAAGUUGGACUACUUUUACACAUGUGUUGACAUUGUUGACAACUUAAUAUUUUGAAGUCAGAUUUGACAUCCUGUACACAUUUCUGAUUAACAGUUGGACUACCGAUACAAAAAUGCUGACAUUAGAUUUAACCAACUGUUCACAUGUAUUUAUGCAAUAUCUGACUAUCUGUUUCACAUGUGUUGACAUAGGAUUUGACGGACUGUCCACAUGUUGACAUAGGAUUUGACGGACUGUCUACAUGUUGACAUAGGUUUUGACGGACUGUCUACAUGUUGACAUAGGAUUUGACAGACUCUCUACAUAGGAUUUGACAGACUGUCCACAUGUUGACAUGUUAUUUGACGGACUGUCCACAUGUUGACAUUUGACAUAGGAUUUGACGGACUGUCUACAUGUUGACAUAGGAUUUGACAGACUGUCUACAUAGGAUUUGACGGACUGUCCACAUGUUGACAUAGGAUUUGACGGAUUUGACAGACUGUCCACAUGUGUUGACAUAAGAUUUGACCAACUGUUCAUAUGUGUUGACAUCAGAUUUGACUAUCUGUCCACAUAUAUGGACAUAGGAUUUGACAGACUGUCCAUAUGUGUUGGCAUAAGUUUGGACUAUCUGUAGACAUGUGUGGAUAGACUAAAAUAUCCUCUUUCCAAAAGUUUUGUAUUCAAAAUUAGCCAUGUUAGAGCUGUGAUUGUCAGUAUUAUUUCUACAAUUUUUUUGUAUUAAGCUAAAUCCAGCUUUGAACAAAUUGGCAUUAUAUGUGAUUGAAUAUUUGCGGGUAAGUUGAAUUUGUUCAUGGGUUUGAUUGUCUAAGUGUCCAAAUUUUCCUGUUUGUGAUGCCGAAGAUACUUUAAAAGUGCAGGAACUCAUGUGUAUGUCCCUUUAAAAGCUGUGGUAAAUGUAUGGGUUCUAGACUACCCACACCCCUGUAUGGCUUACGAAUUCAUGUAAAAUGAUGCCUUUUCAAUGUUUUCUAGUAAGUUUACUCUCCCUAGACCCACCACUAAGGCAAAGUGAGAACUCUGUCCUAUGCUUCCAGAGCAACUUAUGUUUAUAAACUCCCUUACAAAAGGGAAACCAACAAGUCCAAGUGAAGUGAUACCAUAUUGUGCCACAAUGAAUAUUGACUGUCAGAGUGAAGUGUGCGAACCUGCAGGUGCUACAAACCUAGAGGUAGUAGUACUUGAUCUUGCUGUAUGAAAAGAAAUCCAAUGUUGCAUUUUAUGAAAUACCAGCAAUUGAACAAAUUUCAUUGUUAUGUAGGACACAGGAUUUUCUUUACCUUUUUACAUCUUCUGUAUGCUUAUUCAAAGAUAACAGUAUAUGGUAUAGAACAAAAAUAUCCUAUACAUUUUUAACUUUGAAUUAAAUCUAAUAUUGUUAUAAUUUCACCCCUCUUAAAAACAAUAAAUCUGGUUUUCACCAAGAAAUAUCCUGUAGUAAUACUGGAAAAACACUUCUCACUAAAUACAAACCUACAUGCUCCUACGGUGUACUGUUCAGUGUUAGAUUCUUAAAAAGACAACUCUGAUUUUCUAUAAUGGAGUUUCUAUCAUUCAUCUAUGCAUUGUGAUAAGAAUAUUGUGAUUAGGAAUGACAGUGUGACUGUAUUUCACCCUUUCACUCCUAUGUUACUUGAGUAGACUCUACCAUGCAUUGAUAUGGAUGAGUCCAUUAUGGUCUACAGUAGUGAAAGGUUUAACUCGGAUAUCAGGCUGUAGAUUAUAUACACAAGUGCUUCAAACCAAUUCUAGAAGUUUAAAGCUCUGUGAUUAUGCAAAAAAGAAAAUAUUUAUAACUAAUUGUUUGUUUCCAAUAUUACCAAUGUCCCUAAUAAAAAGCUUGUUAUAUGUAUGUAACUAUUUGUGAUAUAAAUGUAUAUAUCUUCAUAUGACCUUAGCUGUUCCAGGGACCCAAAACCCUUAAUAAACAAUAAGUAUUUCACAAAUUCAUGGCCAUGGAGAUUGUUUUCUUCGCUUACUCCUCACAAAAUGUGAAAUUCUGCCAGCUUUGGUCAAGUAACCUCCACCCCAGUAUGUGAUAAAAAGAAUCUUAAAUCAGUUCUAAUUGUGCGUGAAAUUAUGAAAUUCUCUGAAGCUGAUUUCAUCAGAUUGUAUGUUCACAAAAUGGGAAUUUGGUCGAGAUCCUCUGUACUGUUAAACUUCUGAAAGUUCCAACAAUUUUUGUGUUACACACGUCAUGAUUUAGCACACUAGAUUAAUAUUUAACUUUUCAGGAAUACAGUGAUUUGUUACUAUGUGAUAAACAUAAUUUAGCAUUUGCCAAUAAGGCCUGAAAAGUGCUUAAAUAUGAAAGCCACCAAGAUAAAAGAGUUGUAUAUUUAUUGUAGUUAAAUUUGUUUUGAAUAGCUACUUUGUUUUAUUGAAAUAAUAGUUUUCUACUGUAAAGUAAAAUUUUGUUAAGAUGUUAAUAAUAGUUUUCGACUGUCCACUAAGAUAAGGUUAUUUGUAAUGUAGUUGUUACUUUUGUUAAGUAUGGUACUUUGUUUUAUUGAAAUAAAAGUCUUUUACUGUUAUGAUUGUAUUGCGAGUGAAAAGGUUCUGUAGCUAUGGGAAUCGUAGCUUCUAGGCCCGAUCAGUUGGGUUUUUUUUUACGGUUCCUGCAGCUAAAGGUUCUGCAGAUACAUUAAUUCUAUUUUGCUCUGGACAUUAUAUAAGUUAUAGAAGUUUUCUAUAUUUUUGUCUUCUAUUAUGUAUCCGUUGUGUUUAAAUGCAUGUUUUCAGAUGUAAAUUUAUUUAUCUAAAGUUUGAGUGAUUGUGUUCAGAUGGUAAAGUGUGCGUGAACCUUUAUAAUGACUUCCUGUCCGUUUAUUUUUUACUGAAUAAUGAAAACAACUUAUAAUCAAUAUCAUAAAAUUUUGUUCGUCAAGGAAUGACCAAGAUUUUGGGGGAUUUAUAUGGCUUUUUACUGAAUAAUGAAAACACAUUAUUAUCAAUAUUAUAAAAUUAUGUCCAUCCAUAAUUGGCCAAGAUCUUUGGAAGUUACACGGCAUUUGCCAGAAAACCCGUCAAAAUAUUUUAAUUAAAAAAGACUAACACAUUUUAAAUUUACAGUUUGCAACUAUUUAUUAAUUUCAGACAGUUGAAAUAUGUUAAAAGCAGUUUCAGUGUAUGACAAGACUUUAAUAUUUUUUAGGUUACAGAGUUAGUUACGAUUUGGUUGUGUGUACAUAAUGUUAGGAUCAUUUCUUGAAAGAAAACCAUAACUUACAUAGCCAGCUAACAGCAUUAUAUAAAGGAAAGAAGGAAAACUUGCUAAUGCAUGUAGCCUGUCCGAUGAAGUGACAUUGAAUGUAACACCGAAAGUAUAUAGUGUUGAUAAAAUAAAUAAUAAGAACCACCAAAUCUUACUAAAUUUUAAAUGAUAUAUAUACUCCUGAAGAAUCCCACAUGUUCGGGCGAAACCGGUAGACAUACAAUAAAGAAACCAACCUAUCCUGAGCUUGUUGUGAUUGAAUAUUGCCUUUAAAUGAUAUAUUAUAUGGCUUCCCUUUUUGCUUUUGAUAAAAUACUGGUGAAUUUAACGAUGCAUAAUAUUGUUUUCAUUAGCAUCACCUCAUGUUAAACUGAACACAAGUCAUGAUGCAGUUACAAUUUAAUAUUUGUUUUUUCAUUUGAAACCAUCAUUUGUUUAAAAAAUUGCCAGUUGGAAGAGGUACCAAGGUUUCGUAACGUGUUUGGUUAACUUGUAGUGUAACACUUUUAGUAGGGAAAGGAAAGUUUUUUUUUACAGAGAUUUCUAUGGAAAUUGGGUGAAAAUUACAAGGGAGACAUAUCAGUAAUAUUUCCUAUACUCUUGUAAAUGAAUGAGGUACACACUACACCUGAUUGUGAUCUUGUAUAAAUGGUGUUUUAUUUUGUGCAAUAAUUCAAGUGGGGAAAUAAAAGUUGAAAACAA